AUGGCCGCGCCACACGAAGACGAUGUCUUCGAGAGGCUGAAGAAUAAGACAGAUCAGGCCGAGUGGCAGCGCAAACAAGAUGAGCUCAACACGCGCCUGUACGCUCAGCAGCACAAGUCGCAGGAGAGGCUUGGAGAGCUGGUAGGCGAACAAUUGGGUACAGAAGAGCUGGUUUUGAUGUCCAACAGAUCGAAGACAACACCUCGCUUCCCAAGUUUCCUCGAGCGAGUCGUCAACCCUAUUCUGAGCGCGAACCGUGCCGAGCCUUACACGCUUGAAGAGGCACUCAAGGAAGUGGGCGAGGCGACAGAAAAGCUGAACCGCUUUGGUAUCUUCAAGUCGCCCAUCUCAGUCUACCUCGACCGCCCGAACCAGUCCAUUGCAUCAUCUUCUCCCAGCGAUGUCGAUGUGUACAUCACAGCAUACGAGCGCGGCAACUACACCAUCAAGACCGGAACUGAGGCCGGUGCAUCUGAAGCAGACGCCUAUGUACACGCUGAGCUUCGGAACUUGCUCGGUGGGGCGGAGACACUCAACGCACAUGGAUCGCUCGGAACGCGGACGCGGUCGGCUUACUCGCUCGCCUUUGACAGCCCGAUCCUGAGCAACCCGGAUCUCAAGUUCCAGGUCAACGGUUUUGCAAGUUCGACGCUGAAGAGCUGGGCAAGCCACGAGGAAGUGCUAAGAGGUGGAACCUCGAAACUGCUGUGGAGAUCAAAGACUGGACAUCAGCAUGAGCUCGGCUACUCGGGCGUCUGGCGACAGGUGACCAGUCUGGCGGAGAACGCAUCGCCUACUGUACGAGCAGACGCCGGCGACUCGUUCAAGUCCAGCAUCACGCACGCAUGGACAAACGACAAACGCGACUAUCCCCUCCUGCCUAGCAGCGGUUACCUCAUGAAGACCGUCUCGGAACUCGCUGGUUUCGGCGGCUUGAGCGGCGACGUAGCAUUCUUCAAAUCAGAAGCAGAGUCCCAAGUCGCCCUCCCAUUCGGCAACACGGGCAUCACUCUGACCGCUGGACUACGCGGAGGUCUGAUCUACCCGCUCGCUCUCCCCGGUCAGAACCAACCCCAAGGCUCCCGCAUCAACGACCGCUUCAUCCUCGGCGGCCCCAACAACGUCCGUGGCUUCCGCCUCGCUGGCCUCGGUCCGCACGACGGCUCGGAUGCCGUAGGCGGUGACGUCUACGCUGCGGGCGGUGCAUCUCUACUCCUCCCCGUUCCCCGCGUUGGCAAAGACACACCCCUCCGUCUCCAGGCCUUCAUCAACGGCGGUCGUCUCCUCUCGCUCAAGGGCCAGAAAGGACAACAGACCAGCCUCUCCCAAACUUUCGCCAGUUUAACAGAUGAGCUGCCCAGCGUCGCAGCGGGCAUCGGCCUCGUGUACGCGCACCCAAUCGCGCGCUUCGAAAUCAACUUCAGCCUCCCACUCGUCGUGCGGGCCAGGGAGGAAAGCCGCAAGGGCCUGAGUUUCGGCGUGGGAAUUGAGUUUUUGUAA